GGUCGGGCAGGAGGUUUGGGCAGGAGGCACGAGCAGCAGCGGCGGUGGCGAUGGCGACAGGGCGAGCGAUGGCGCUGGCGCUCCUCACCUGCACAGCAGCUAUCUGCCUCGCAGGAGCUACGGACACCUGGGACUCACAGGUUCGCACGAGCCCCCGCACUCAGCCAAGUCCUCGUGAGGAUACCGUGGACAAUCAGGUGGGGCAGCAGCUGGGAGACAAAGUGUGCCAGUGCAGCUGCCUCGAGUCCGGAUCGACGCGGCCGGCGCUCGACUGCAUCCCAGAGUGCCCCUACCACAAGGCGCUGGGGUUCGAGUCCGGGGCCGUGAAGGACUCUCAGAUCUCGUGCUCGCACGAGGAUCAGUACACGGGCUGGUACACCUCGUGGACUCCGCAUCGGGCCAGGCUCAACGCACAAGGCUUCGGUUGCGCGUGGCUCUCAAAGUUCCAGGACAUGCAGCAGUGGCUGCAGUUCGACAUGCUCGAGGAGCGAGUCAUCUCGGGCAUCAUCACGCAGGGACGCUGCGACACGGACGAGUGGAUGACCAAGUACAGCGUCGUCCACCGCUCCCAUGAGGCGCUCAACUGGGUCUACUACAAGGACCAGUUCGGCAACAACCGGGUUUUCUACGGAAACUCGGACCGCUCCUCGUCGGUGCAGUCGCUGCUGCGGCCUCCGCUGGUGGCGCGCUUCAUCCGCCUGCUGCCGCUGGGCUGGCACGUGCGUGUCGCCGUGCGCAUCGAGCUGCUGGAGUGCAUGAGCAAAUGUAAAGCGGUUAAGAAACACGCGGUCUCGGACAACUUGCACUCAGUAGCAACGCUGCACAGCCACCGUCACGAUGAUCAUCGGCAGCAGCGGCAGCGGGAAGCAGAAGAGCAGAGAAAGCGGGGAAGCAGCACGAGUCGCCCGGAAGCCGAGCUCGGCAGCCAGAACCUCGACCUCCAGACGGCCCAAAUCGCUUGCAACUGUUCCGGCCGUCAACCGGUCUCCCCCGACGGUUCCGACGACGACGACGGCGAAAUCCGCCGGAGGUUCGCGGAGGAGACGGCGGAGACGGCGGCAACGGCCCCUUACGAGGGCGUCACAGGCGGCGUUGCGGGCGGGUUCGCCGUGGACCCUCCCGGCGACCCUCCCGGCGACAAUGCCGGCGAUGAGGAGGGGGACCCGGACGCCGGUGGCAAAGGGUCGGGGAAGAGGCCCGCAGACGGCGACGAGGGGACGCCGGCGACCGACGACGAAGUCGAGACGGAGGCCGGAAGGGCCGGCGUGGACGCCGGGCCGCGGCGGGAGACGUCAACGGUGGGCGGCGCCGCGUCGACGCCCGGCCGGGGCGCGGACGCCGACGGAGGGGAAGCCUCGACGGGGGGGGAGGAGGCCGACGAGGAGGAGGGACGUCACGGAGACGCCGCCGCCAACGACGACGAGGAGGAUCGGGACGGUUUCCCACCCGACGGAGACGACCGGGAGAUCCAGGUGGACGUCACGCUGGACCAAGACGGCUUCUUCGUUCAGGUCGACACGGAGGACAAGGAGCUCAAGUCCAUGUUGGAAGACGCUCUCAAGCAGCCGUCUGAAAACUAACCCGAGCCGUGUUCACGCCGUUAUAUUAUCAUUUAACGACGACCUUUAUUUCAUUAUAUGCUUUAGUCGUUCCCCUUUUUUCAGGCGUUUUGAAAGUUCCCUCUGCCGGUUGAGAAAGCUUCGUGCGUGCGCGCUCAGUGUUCCCGUCUUCACGGCAGAACAAUAAAUGUUGGUUGACGUGCGAAGGCAAUCGCUGCGAUUAAUCUGGCACGGGUAUUAGCCGGGGUAGGUGACGAGGCAUUUUUGACGUUAAAUUUAAGAGUUUUCCUACUCAAACCUGCUUGGGCUGGCACUCUCCUAUAUCUGUGGCCCUGUACCCAAUUUAGGAAAUUCCACAUUCCCAUGGCAAGAGCCAUAAUGUCUGUAGGACAACCAUAAAGUAGCGAUAUGUGUUUUCCAUCCUCGAGGUGAUGACAUUGAUGGUGAUAAUAGAUGGUUGAUGAUCCAUUAAUUAUAAAGGUGAUGGACAACUAUUGAUUAUAACGAUGAUCAUGAUUGAUGGAAUGGUGCUUGAUGAUCAAAAUGAUUACCGGAUGACUACUGAUUGUGUGAUAAAUGAACACAUAAGUUACGUAUAGAACGUGAAUCAUUUGCCCAGUUAAACUAGUAUGUGGUCAAAUUAUUGAUUCCUGAUUAAAGGUGGAUAACAGAUGAUGAUGAUGAUGACCAAUGGAUAACUGGAUACAUUUAUGACAGUGAUCUGAUUAUGAUGAUGAGAAUCUGAAAAUAGUGGUGGUUGUGGUGAUAACAUGAUGACCAUCAGAUUAUUGAUUAUAACGAUGAUCAGGUUACGAUAAGUGACGAUAAUAAAAGGUCGAGUUUAACCCCCGAACGAAGCUUUGAACUCGUGACCUUCCGAUGGCGAGUCCGGUUCUCCCACCACGGCACCAUCUGCCCAGACGUGCAAUGUUCGCUUCUUAGCUGUGGGGGGGUCCAUGGAGAGCACAAAGAACGUACGUACAUUAAGUCACGGUAACAAUUCAGUACAAUUUGCUGUUGGCGCUGUGGGCCCCGACAGCACAUGGCGAUGGUGACGAAGGAGCUGAUGUUUUUCACGGAGCUUUAGCUGUAGGGGGUGACGCUGCUGAUGCCGCGCGCGAUCCCAAUUGAGUAGUUUUGAGGUGCUAAUUUUGAUUAAUUUCGCAAAAAGUUGAACCGUGAUGGCUGCACAUGGUGGGUGGCCUCCUCAUUUCCAAUUACAUCGCAAGAUCAAUUUUUUUUGUCGCCUCAGCGUAGGAGAGGCCGCGGUAAUAACCGAGGCGGCCUGCCAAUGUUCGAACCGCGGAGCUCUGCAACGAGCGGUGAGAACAAGGGGAGACGCGACAUGAAAGGACGACUCAAAAGACGUCGUGUUACCUCGUAGAGACGCACACCUGGACCGGGCGUCCCAGCCUGUCCGACGCCUGUCCAGAUUACGAUUAAGGUUAAACAUUUAUAUACUCCAAAGUUACGGUCGGGAGACAUCACCGGGAUAUUCAUUCCCUUGGCGUCCAUUACAUUCCAUGCACUCUCCCGGUGGACUCAAACACAGGACACGUGUUUGGGACCGUAUUCUCAAGACUCUACGACGCUCCGGAAAGAGUAAGAUUUACCCCAAACAGGUGCCCGGUGCCAAUAAGUCAUAGGAAAUCUGGUCUCGCAUGCACACACAUCGGAUUAUCAGAUGCACCCCCCCAACCUAUUCUUCAAAAUGCGGGGGGCACACAGUGCAUUUUCCAAGCGGGAGAAUACGGUAAAUAAUCCACACAGCACUUACCUGCACAGAUACGGGCUGAUUUUGUCACUCCAUCUCCCCUUUCGACGCUACCUCGGACGCGUUCCCACCUGACCACCCUGCGUGGCUGUCCGUGACCACAGCCCGUGGCCAGCGCCCGUGACCACCGACACGUGACCACCGCCCAUGACCACCUGACCACCCCCACGUGACCACCCCAACUUAGCCGAGUGUGUCUCGUGGCUCUUGGCCACAUGGAAAGUUUAGUAUGUGGCUCGUAGGAGUCACGAGGUUUGGCCACUCCCCUGGUCAGUUAAAAAAUAUGGUGAGUGCCCAAUGAAAUCAACGUUUCCUUUUACAAACCCCCACAAAUAACUUCGUAUUGGAAGUGAGCCUCAGACACGUAGCAUGCAGAGUAUGUUUGGAGUGUCAAGGCAGGUUUAGGUGAGCAACUCGUACGUUUGGAAUGAAAAGUCACAAGAACGCGUUGGAGAUGUAAUAAGGAAAACGAGGUUGUGAUGAGUGGGACAGGUGUGCAGGGUGGCGGAGGGCAGGUUACCAAGGCAAACACUCCAGAGGUUCAUACUCUUUGGUUCUAUUCGGUAAAGUCACGUAG